AUUUUUGACCAUGCACCCUUUUGUCUCUUGUAAAACUGCAAUACAGAGGCAGUUCCGAAUUUGAACUCAUCUUGAAAUUGUCACAUCAAAACCUGUGGUAAAAUAUGAGGAACACAGCUCUCAUUUUAAUUUCUGCUUUAAUAGUCCCAGCUUUGCUGGCUGACAAAGGCAAGAACUAUACCAAAGAAAAUGUUUGCCAAGAGCUCAAUGCCAUUGGGAUUGAAAAAUUCAAAGAAAUGGUCACUGUCCUCUACAGUCAAAAGUUCCCGAAUGGCACAUUCGAGGAGGUGAAAUGUGUGGCAGAUGAAAUGACCAAGCUUGCAGAAAAAUGCUGCAAAGAUGAUGCCAGUCCUGACUGCUAUGAUAAAGGAGCUACAGAGAUCUCUGAGAAGUCAUGCGGAAAGGACUCUCCAUUCCCCAAACAUCCAGGCAUUGAGCAGUGCUGCACACUUCAGGGUCAUGAGAGGAAACUUUGUCUAGCCUCACUACGGUACUCUGCAGAUGAGCUACCCUCCCUACUUGAACCCACGAAUGAAGAGAUCUGCACUGAGUACACUAAAGACGAGAAGGACUAUUCUGUCAGGUAUGUGUAUGAGUUUGCCCGGAGGCACAGAAACAUCCCAGCAGGCUUUGUUCUUAAUGCUACUCAGCACCAUGUGAGAAUGGCCGAGAGAUGUUGCCGCCCUGCUGUCAAAAUCCCUUGUUUUCUCCACGAGAGACUCCAAAUGGAAAGCUCCAACAUUUUUCUGAGGUUUCUAUCCAAUGUUUGCAACAACCAAGUGAAUUUGAAAUCCUACAAAUUUGGGUUGUCUGCAUAUUAUGGAAAUCUCCUAGGACUGUCCUUUGAAGACGCAUCAGCCAUAUCCAGUCGUUUCCAGUCUGGGCUAGAAAAAUGUUGUUUACAGCCCCAACCUGAAUGUAUAAUUGAAGAGUUAACAAGCUUUCAGAAAGUUCUCUGCAAUGAAUCCAAACUGGAUGCCAUUUCUGAGGAUUUCCGAAAGUGCUGCAGGAAACCUGCCCUGGAUACGCUUCCUUGCGUGGAUGUCUUGAAAAGACAACCCCGUCAGUAUCCACAUGUAGCCAGUCCUGUUUCAUCCCAGCUCUGCAAGGAAGUUCAACCCCAUGGGAUUGACAGAUACUUGUUUGUGAUUGGAGGAAAACAUGCCUCCAUUUCUCUGCCUGUUCUGACGACCAUCCUUGAUCGAAUCAAGAGCACGGUAACGGCCUGCUGCUCAUCUGCUGACGUCACAGCGUGUUUAACGGAGAAGGAGAGUAAAUUGAAAAAGACUACGGCACUUCUGUCUAAGUUGGAUGACACAUGCUCACAGUAUUUCAAACUGGAUCUGCCUGUGUUCAAAACUCUGAUACAGAAGGAGAGAGGUGAGACUCAGGCACAAGCAUGGGUUCACUUGGCCACAUCCUGCUGUUCACAGCGUUCCCCGGCACAGCUAUGUCAAAAGCUGACAGAGGAUGUUAUAAAGUAUGAUGAUGACACUAGCGUUUAAGGACUCGCUCUUCAAAGAUUCUUUUGAGUGCCAGCAAUUAUAUUGGAUGAAGAGAUCUUCUAAAUUCCCUUUCCAAUAGGAAAUGUCAUGUCUCUCGUCAUCUCAGAUAUUUUAUUCUCUUUAAAUAAACUUUCCACUUGCUUCAAA